AUGGUGGUGAUCCGCAAACCAGGGAAACUAGACUACACAGAUCCCAAGGCCUAUCGCCCCAUCGCGCUACUCAGCAUGAUUAGGAAGACGCUAGAAUCCAUGAUCGCAAGCUAUCUAGUAGAAAGACACAAUCUACUGCCGAAACACCAUAUUGGAGGUCGACGAGGCCGCUCCUGCGAGCUCGCGAUCCAUCUCCUAUUAGAAGAGACUCACCACGCCUGGCGGGACGGCUCACGCGUGGCCUCCGGCCUCACAUUAGACGUGACCGGGGCGUUUAACAACGUGAAUCAUAUAAGGAUGCUCCACGACCUACGAAAGCGCCAGGUCCCAGACGAGAUCACGGGAUGGAUUAGGAACUUUUUAAGCCACCGCCGCACAUCGAUCGUACUGCUAGAGGGCAAGAUGGGCGAAUUCGAUAUCAAUACUGGGAUCCCUCAGGGGUCUCCACUGUCGCUAAUCCUAUUUCUCUUCUUCAACGCGGAUCUUAUCGAGCAGAUACAAGCCGAGUGCCCAGAUACGUACGUCAUUGGAUACAUCAAUGACAUCUUUAUCAUAGCAUUCAGGAGAUCCGCGGCGGCUAAUUGCCAUACCCUCACCUACGCGCACCAGGUGGCAGAGCGCUGGGAGAGGACCCACGCCUCUUGGUUCAACCCCAAGAAAUACCAACUCGCCUAUUUCUGA